AGCUAACUACUGAGACUAAAUGCAGUCAGCGCAGCCUAUAACGUGCGAGAGAAUAUCGGACAAAUGUGGCAAGCAGCGUUAAGUACACUGCAAUAAAUAAAUAAAAAUGAAAAGGUUAUUUCAGGUGUUUAAUUAAACAAUAGCCCUGUACAGUAAAGCAUUUUGUACAUUGUAAACGUGCUUAUAGGUAUACUUUCACAGUGCAAAAACAAAAUUUCUAUUUAUGGGGUAGUUCUUUACUUUUUACUCCUUUAAAUGGCAGUGGAAGAUAAAUGCAGGUUUUGUGUACUUUGACUCAUAAAAUGCGAGGGGAGUGGUCCCAGGAAGGAAACGGCACUGUCCGGUCAACGUGACAUUUUGUGAAGCAAAGAGAAAGCAUUUUUGCUGCUUCUUGAGACUUCAAGGCAAUGGAGGGGUGUGGUCACUCAUCAUAGCCAGAAGAGGGCGCCAAAUGCCCACUGGAGUGCAGUGCUGGAACAUAGAACCCCUUUGCUGAUAUAAGGCAACAGAUUGUACACCACAGGAGGACGUGAGAUCUUGAACCAUGGGGCUUUGGUACUCAGUCACCGUGAAGAACGAGACCCCGUACACUUGGCACUACUCAAAUGAAGUCCCCCGUGAUUUGAUAAGGUGGCAUGGUCUUUUCUAUCCCCCCUCGGGAAUUGCCAAGGCAAGCGGCACUUUGAGAGGCGGGGAAUCUGAACAGUAUUGGGACGAUAGGACGGGCAGACGCUUUCCAGCAUUGUUAAAUCUGAGAUAUGGAGUUCAGAGAGAAGUGUCUUUCUCUUCACGUGUCAUCCAAAACACCAAAUUCACCAUAAAAGAAAGCUGGGACCGAUCUCUAAUUGAGCUGCAUUGUGACGGAAGCAGUGAAGUAAAGACUUGCCCCAACUACGCAAAAAUUGAGGAAGACCGCAUUCGCCAACAGCAACAAGAGGAACAGAAACGAAAUGAAGAGUUGCGCAGACAAGAGGAACUGCGGCGUUUGGAAAGACUGGAGCAGGAAAAGAGGAUUGAGGAACAAAUCAACAGAGAAAACGAGACCGCAAGAAGGAAGCUGUCAGAAGCAUGGUCAAAGAUAAAUCUGAAUCUAGGUCAAGGGGGGCAAGAGAGACAUCAUCAGCACACCCACGUGGUACAGCAAGCAGUAGAUGACCAUGCAGGUGCUAUAGAGUGGGAUGAGUCAAAUGAAAUCGAGAAGAGGUUCAAUGACCUGCUGUUGGAAAAUCAGAUCAUUGAGAAUGAAAGAUUGACAAAUGCACCAUUAGAAGACAGAAUGAGAAACCUUCAGACUGAACUGACUGUUCAGUUCUGUCAAGAACAAGGCCUUUCCAGUUGGCCUGUGUUGAACCUGGAGGCUGCCCUUCAGUGCACAAAACUGUCACUAACUGAGAGGUUUAGCUUACUCAAGGCAAUGACUCAAGUACAACUGGAAGACAACCAAGAAACUGAGAGCGAGAAUAUGGACUACCUGAGCUGGGAUAAAAACUACAGUUUAUUUCUGUUUUUAAUGGAGAAGCUCAGUGAUGUAAAUAACACUUUGGCCAGUAAACUUAUGUUGGCAUUUCUUGACCUUUUCCCAGAUCUUUCUCAGAUCAGCAAAAAUCACCUGAGUCAAAUCCUGUUCAGUGGCAUCUGGGCAACUGUGGAGAUCAUGUUCUUUCUCAGAGGGGUUAGUAGAAUGAACCAGAACACCACAGAGUCAGUCCUUCAUAAAGUGCAGACCUAUAGACUUGGCCUCCUCCACACUCUCUCUGCCCUAAGAGAUAAAAAUCCAUGUGAAACCCUGCAAGGGAUUGUAGAGGGAGAGACUGACAAAGACAUAGAUUCAAUUUUGAGUGAAAUACAAGAUGCAAAUUACCCAGACAAGUUUGUCUCAGUGAUUGAGCAAGUCUUAAGACAAGUAGAAGAGGAGCUUACUGAAUACAGAGAAGCACACUUGCAGAAGAAUGACAGUAUUGCCAACAAAAAGAUUGGAGACAUGAAACAUAAUAUCAUGUUGUUGAGUUUCACCAGGAUUGACAUCAGUACCCUCAAAGAUGUCCUUAUUGGCAUUUCCAUGGCUGUUAAUGAAUGUUCAACUGCUGAAACUCGGGGAGGAGAGAAAAUCGAGGGAUAUUUACCCAGAAUCACCCAGCUGGCUUCUUUACUAAUGCUUCUAUUACAGUCAACUGAAGAUAAAGGAUGCCUCCUUGAAAUUGGUACUGGGGAAGGGAAAUCAUGCAUCCUGGCUAUGUUUGCAGUAAUCCAGGCCAUCAGAGGAGCCAAAGUUGAUAUUGUGACCAGUUCUCCAGUGCUUGCAAGACGUGACCAAGAGGAAUGGAGAAAACUCUAUGACAUGUUUGGUGUCUCAUCCUCUGUUGUGCCACCACCACCGAGUGCUUCUGAAAGUCACGAAAAAAGACUACAGGAUGCUUACCUUAAUCAAAUUGUGUAUGGAACUGUUAGUGACUUUGCUGCAGAUACGCUGAGACAGGAAUUUGAAAGACAGAUCACUCGUGGGGAGAGGGAAUUUGACUUGGUGAUAGUAGAUGAGGUAGAUUAUAUGACCUUGGACAGUGGCGUUCAGGUGACCUUUCUUUCUCAUGAGGCCAGUGGCAUGAGGCAUGUUGAGCAAGUCCUUGCCAGCAUUUGGUCCAUGCUGUGCCCCUGUCGACCCAUUGAAAUGGAGGAAACUGGGGAGACGGAAUGGAUAACUGGAAUACAGCUUUUCCACAAGGCUGCAAAAAUGGCUGUGAUGGGUUCAGAAGCAUCGGAACACUUUUCAGAUUUUGACAUUUUGCUCCCAGGGAUACAGUUAGGAUUUUACACGCAGGAGGACAUCAAUCAGUUGAUGCAGAUUGAGACAGAGGUACAAAAGGAAGGUAAAGCUAAUGAUUUUCAAGAUGAUAAUUGGAAAGCCAUUGAAAAAUUCAUGACAAACAUUGGAGUGGAGGAACAACAUGAUCUGCUGUGCAUUUUUGAGACUGCUUUGGAACAAACUGUUUCUAUCAAUUGCUAUAGAGCCACAAACAAUAAAGCAGCACUACUGCAUAACAAGAAAAUGGACAGAGAUAUGAACAUCAAAAUGCUCCUUUUGGAGAAUGGUCAGGCAAGUGAAAUAAUGUCUGAAAAAUCACUCAUCGAGGCAUCAGUGCAACAGUUAAAGUCUAAAAUCAAAUAUUCUGAUGCUUGCACGCCAGAAGACACCGAAAGUUUUAUUGUUAUCCCCUCAUUCCUUAAGCAGUACUUGGAGAAUCGAUUGCCAGUGUUUGUGGGUAAUGCCUUGAAGGCCAUUGUAAUGACACAGGGCAGAGAGUAUAUGAUUGAUGUGUCAUCAUCUGCUUCAAUGCCAAGCAAUGUCAGUGAGUCUGACAGACAUCUCUACCAUUCCAUUAUCCCAGUGGACUACCAAGCCAGUGGAGUGCUGGAGAAGAACAAACGCUGGGGUGAUGGCUUGCAGCAGUUUCUGGAGAUGAAGCACCAGUUGGCAAUGUCAUCUCUGUCCAUUGUUACAAAUUAUAUGUCAAAUAUGCAGUUCUUCAAAAGAUACCUCAAUGGAAGUGGAAUUUUUGGUGUGUCUGGAACAUUGGGUGGGGAUCCAGACAAAGAUUUCUUGAAAAGGCAUUACAAAACAGACAGUUAUGUGAUACCAGCUCAUCGCUAUAACAAGGUGGUUGAACUCCCUACCCAGCAGAUUAGUGGUGACUACUCUGAUUGGGUAAAGGCAGUCCGUGAAACUACAUGGGCAGCUGCUGACAGGGGGCAAGUUGUCUUGGUGGUGUGUGAAGAUGUGAAGACAGCAGUUGAGCUUCAGAAGGAAGUGGAAUCUGAAUGUCGAUCAAUCACCAUGUACACAAUCAGUGAAAGGGAUUACAUUGAAGAAACUACAUUUAAGAAGGGAAGCAUCAUUAUUGCCACUAACUUGGGAGGACGAGGCACAGACAUUAAGGUAGAUAAUGAGGUGAAUCAGUGUGGUGGACUCUUUGUCCUCCUCACACAUUUUCCCAGCAACCGUAGAGUGGAGAAACAAGUGUUUGGACGUACAGCUAGGAAAGGAAACCCUGGUAUGGUCCAGAUGAUACUCCACCAUGACCAUCUGGCACCGGCGUACCAAGGCCAACCGGUGGAGGUCAUGAGGCAGCUAAGAGAAGUCUACGAAGUUCAGCGCAUCUCUGAUAUGGAAUCAAAUGAGCUGCUGGAAAAUGAAAUGAAGGAAGAACUGUUCACCACUUUUUGUAAAUGUCUUAAAGAAUUUGAUGCAAACUAUACAGAGCAAGAGAGAGAUAGCCUGUUAAGUAUGAAGACAAAUAAUGUGGUAGAUACUAUCAAACAUCAAGGUAAUAAACUUGAUUACAAGCCUGCACUCAAUGCUCUCAAAGAAUCCUGGGCCUUGUGGCUGACACUUAAUGAGAAUAAUAUAGAACAGCAGAAGAAUUUCUCUGACUUGGAAGCUGACUUGUUUGGAAAGUUGACCAGUACAUCCAGCAUGCUUUUACAGGGUCAAAGCCACAAAUUCUAUGACUAUCUCAAACAAGCUGUUAUCAGAACUGAUCUGCAUUGUCGUAGAAAAACAAAGUGUGACUAUGGAGCAAAAGACUGCUGGCAGAAAGUUGAAAAAUGUGAUCCAUUCUACAGAGCGGUGGCACUCUACAACCAAGCCUAUAUCACAAUAAACCUUGCGAAGAAAGACUACAAAGCAGAGGCUAUUAAAUUACUUGAGGAGUCAAAGGAGACUGUGGAUGUCUACAUUUCAGAGACAUCAAAUACUGCAGUUGCUGGUCAGAUGGCAAUGAGAGGAAACUUUGAGCCACAUCAUGAUGGUGCUUGCAAUUUUCAAAGCCAGAUGCAAGCUCGGAUGGAUAUUUUCAAAACUUGGAGAGAAUACAUAGACAAUGCUCUGGAGAAACUUAAAGAAGUUGAGAGGAGUAAUGCUGAUGCCAUCACUGAAGAAACCUCAGUUUAUUCACUUUCAGAUGAGAAGGACUUUGUCACCACAAAUGAGCUCAUGGCCAUGUAUGAGUAUGGCCUUGGAAUUGUGUUUGAGAUAAAACAAAAACCAAGAUUUAAUGUUGAUGCUUUGAUUUGUUUUCUGCUUGGCGCAGCCCAGGUUCUAGCUGGUGUUCUUGUUUGUGCAGCAUCCUUUGGCUCAGCCUCUCAGUUUGGUCUUGGUCUCAUCUCCGAGGGUGUCUCUGACAUGAUCAGUGGGGUUGUGGGUAUGAAAACUGGUGUUUUCAGUUGGGCGUCCUGGGCCAUUUCAAAAAGCAUCAGCAUCGGAAUAUCAUUGCUAACUGCUGGAUUUGGAACAAUCAAGAGCGCUGUCAAAUCUGUAUACAGGACCACAAAAGGCUUACUAAAUGGAACAAAGACCCUGUCCUCUGUUGCUCAAGGUGUCAUCAAAUCAGGGAAAGCCACAUUGCUGUCGAUAAAAGGUGCUGCCAUGUCAGCAGUCUCUUCAGUGUCUAGAAGCGUAUCCAGGGUGGGUACAGAUGUCGUGGUGAAACAGACUUUGAAACAUGCUUGCAAAUUUGCUGGGCAGGAAAUUGUUAAGCAGGCAACAAUAUACACAUUGCACUACGCAGUUGAUGCAGGACUUACUGCUGCUCUGAAGAACAUUGUGGAUUCACAUUUUAGGAAACCCUUCAAAGAUGAAGUAAAAAGAAAUGGUGAUUUGAAUCACACUCUUACACACUUUAUAUGCCUUUAUGUUCCAAAAUCUGCUCCGAUGAGACAACAUAUGGACUUCAAGAUUGACAAACAUUGUGAGAGGGAAAUGAAAAAAAUGGUUAAAUUAAUGGCAGAAGGUGUUAUUCCCAGUCUCAUGACAGACUGCACCACUGUACACGAGGUUAUUGACAGGCUUUCCGAGGUGAGUGGAAAAGCUACAGAACUCUUGGACAAAGCAAGAGUACCCGGCAAAUACCAAGCAGCCAUCAAUGCAGGACUUGUGAUAGCAAAAUGCAGCACAGUGUUAAUACAAAUGCUGGAAUCUGUCCCAACAAGAACAGUAGUUAAUGAAAAGAUUGUCCCCAAGUUGAUACAGCAAUUGAAUGAGCAGCUGGUUAAGAGCUAUGAGCAUGAUGAUAGACAUGAUCUCUCUGAUGUGAAACGCUUGAAGGGUGAGCUUUUGGAAUUAAUCUCAGACACCAUGUAUCAGGCAUUCAGUGAGGCUUGUGCUACACAUACAAGAACAUUUAUGAAACAGAUUGUCCGGAAGAACAUUAGUGAGGCAGCAGAGGCUAUUGGGAAUGCCUCAAGCAAUAUACUUGGCAGAUACAAAACCCAGGAUUUUUUCCAGGAGCAGCAACAGAGAUAUAAUAUGAAAUCCGCUGGAAAGAUUGCGACAGAGAAUUUGUCUGAAGCCGAAACACAAGAUCUUCAGGAUUAUAUAAGUAACAGUUCCAGCACUGACCAUCCAGCUUCUGAACUAGACCUCUAUGUCCUCACAAAAAGUGACCUCCUUCAGGGCAAAGGUAUUAAGGUCAUAACGUUCAACAAAGAUGGGCAACCAAUCUAUGAGAAUACCUACCCUGGCAAUGACCAUUCAGCAGGAUUCAUCACUCUCAAACUGUCCAGAAUGCCAGAGAAUUCUGAAAGUGAGAGGGGCUUUUUCAGAAGAACGAAAGACAGAGUCCAAGGAGUGCAACAUCCCCAUGAAGGCCAUUACAGCAUCAUCCACCCAGAUGGCUCUGAGAGUCCUGUCAUAUCAAAUGGUCAGGACUGCCUGUUUCAUGCUGUAAGCCAGGCAACAACUACAGGUCAAGAACAAGACAUCCAGCAAAGAGCAGCUCUUCUGCGCAAUGAUGUACAAAGCGAGCUUAACCAGAACCUUCCACGGUAUGCUGGGCUAGUAAGAUGCCAGAAGAGCUAUGAGGAAUGGCGGAAAACUCCCGGACAAUAUGCUGUUAUAGGAGGAGCAGGACAGAAAAGAAAGAAAACAGCCAAAGAUGAUGACUAUAAGAAUAUGAUCUCUGAGAUGAAAGCACAUGAGUAUUCUCCUGGAAUAUCAGAAUAUGACAUUGCUGUAGAACACGACCUUGGAUAUGUUGGACCAUAUGAAGAUCUAAAGAAUACAACUGAAUGUGAAAGGAAAACCGUGGAGAAGGAUCAUUUCAUUCCAACUGACACACUUGCUAAAGCUCGAAAAAAUGUUGAUCUAAAGAAACUUCAGAAUUCAAAGCUUUAUGAUCUGGUGAAAAUAGAGGACAAAAAUCUCCACCUGGCCAUGCAGGUUCUUUACCAAGAUCAUCGUAUUGCCUUGACAACUGGAAGAAGCAGUUGCGCAGAUAAAUGCAGGGCACUGCUGGCUGAUACGCUACUGCAUAGGGAUGCUGAGACCCUGCUGAAACAGACCAUGAUCAUGGCCAACCCCAUAUCUUCCCAGAUGCUCAGAACAGAAGCAGGUAUAAAGAUUCCUUCAGUCCAGGGAAAUUUAGGAAGUCUUACAGAAAAAGGGACAAAUUGCUACUACAAAUGCGGUUACAUGAAGUUAAUCAGCAAGUAUCAGAAGAUGGGCAUCAUCGACCAAAACGCAGAGGGUAGACUGAAGACGUGGGUGAAAGAAGAUCAGCACCUCAGCAAAAAUACACCUGAGUAUAACCGGAUACUUAAAGAAUUAACACCUUUGGCCAGUCAGAACGCGGGCACUGCGACUGCAGGUAAUAAGGGCUUUACAGGGCCCAAAGUCUAGGGAGAGGCCCUGAAAAACUCGUAUUAAACAGACUUUGUUGUGGAGUUGGGGCCAGAAUAGCGUCUUUUCACAGGGCCCAGAAUUUCCUGCAACACCCCUGACUCAGAGAUAUAAUACGAAACGAGAAAUGAGAGAUGGACAGACCAAAAAAUAGAAUUACUCUCCAUUGUACAGCUACUGAUGGGUUCUAUCUGUCCAUAGAAUGGCCACGGUUGCUGCUGUCUGUUCAAGGAAUAGCCACUGCAGUGUUUUCACAACAUAAACCAAGUAUGGUGAAAUAGAAGAUGAAGAAAAUAAUCAGACCUAUAAUUUCCUGAUCAUGUAAGCAUGAGGGCAAAAUGGUCAAAAAAGAAGAAAAUGAACUUCAAAAAAAAAGCAGCAUUAUUUUUCAUUCGGUUUUGAUUUUUGUUUGUGUCUUUGGUUUGUGCAAGAUGACUCCUUGCCCUGUGAUCUUCUACUUUUGUGGAACGCUCUUUAUUUGAUUUGAUGUUAGUGGGUCCCAUUGGUCCACCCCAUAGUGCAAUGCAGCACAGUUCAUUGAGCCUCAUUGACGCAAUAUAGAGCAAAAACCUUUACCCAUAUAUGGAUUUCCGGAUCAAUGAGAAUUUCUCUAUGGGGAAAAUGAAUGGGAGUUUCACAUAAACAUCCCUGUCACAGUCCGUGAUUGAACUUUUUAAACAUCAAUAUAAAUCUUAAAAUGUUUUAUCCGAAUGCAUUUCUCUCUUAAAUGAAACUGGAUCCACUUAAUUCCGAUGGCUACUCUCCAACCAAAAUAAUUAUUUUGCUAACAGAAUGCUAAGACUGCUGCGAAUGUUAUUUUCGUCAAAAAGCAACCAUUAGCCAGCAAAUAAAUUUUAAAGAAAGUACUUGAAUAACAAGGAAACUCACAAGAACAGCAACAGUAACAACAAUAAAGCGUGAAUUAUAGCUGGAAAUAUAGCUAGCCCUGUUUAUGAUGUGCAACGGGUCGCUAACCAAUUAGCUGUUAGCUAGUUUUUUUAAAUUACAACAAAAAUUUUUUUUUAUUAUUAUGAAAAAAUGGGUGAAAAGCAUAAUUUCUCAUACACAAACAUCCAAAUAUCAUACAUCAUUUUGAAGGAAUUAGGAAAAUGCCAUUCGCACUAUUUUUUUGAUCCGGAAGUCU